CCAGUCCUUUCCCUCACCUACUCAUGUCCGGCUGGAUCCUAGUCCUUGGCCCGGCCUUGCGCCUGGUCGCUGAGGACCGUGGUGCAGCGUGGGGCUGGUGGCUCCACCCGAUGGAUGGGCUCGGGUGGGCGCUGAGUAUCUAGGCAGAACAAAAGAAACCUGGAUCCGGGCUGGACAAACAAACCUCCGCUAAUACCGGCGCGACUUGAUAGCUUUGGGACCAUGAACAGUAACAUAUCUCUCCUGAUACAGGAGGCUUUCUAAAAUUCGGGUAACAGCAGGGCAUGGAGUUCACGCCUGUAGUCCCAGCCAUCUGAAAACUGAAACAGGAAGAUUGCCACAAAUUCGAGGCUAACGGUGUAAUGUUGUAAGACAAACACACCCAAGCCAAUAAAUAGAAUCUUGAAAAUUCGUGUAUCAGUACCUAUUUCAGGGAUUCUUUGUGAGAAUCAGCUUACUAUAUGUAAAACCCUUAGGACAAACUCUGAGCAUGACAGCAAACACCGUUUGAGAUGAUCAAAAGUUCAAGGCCCUCUUCAGCUAUAUAAUGUCUUCGGUGCCUAAUAAUCAAUAUUUCCAGAUAUAUAUCAGAUAUUAAAUAUCUGCCUCCCAACAUUAAGGAUAGACUGAUUAAAAUAAUGAGCAUGCGGGGUCGGAUAACAGAUUCCAAUAUAAAUGAGGUGUUACACCCUGAAGUCCAAAGACUAGAUCUGAGGAGCUGUAAUAUCUCAGAUGUGGCUCUCCAGCACCUGUGUAAGUGCAGAAAACUGAAGGCACUAAAUCUAAAAUCCUGCAGAGAACAUAGAAAUAGCAUAACUUCAGAAGGAAUAAAAGCUGUGGCUUCAUCCUGUUCAGACCUUCAUGAAAUUUCUUUGAAAGGAUGUUGCAGUGUCACUGAUGAAGGGGUCCUUGCUCUUGCACUCAAUUGUCAGCUGCUGAAGAUCAUUGAUUUGGGUGGCUGCUUAAGUAUUACUGAUGAGUCCUUACAUGCAUUAGGGAAAAACUGCCCAUUUUUGCAGUGUGUUGACUUUUCAACUACUCAGGUCUCUGACAAUGGUGUGGUUGCACUUGUUAGUGGACCGUGUGCCAAACAAUUAGAGGAGAUUAACAUGGGCUACUGUAUAAAUCUAACUGAUAAGGCUGUUGAAGCUGCCCUGACUGCCUGUCCUCAGAUAUGUAUACUUCUUUUCCAUGGCUGCCCCCUGAUAACAGAUCAUUCACGAGAAGUCUUGGAGCAACUAAUAGGAUCACGAAAACUAAAGCAAGUGACUUGGUCUGUUUAUUGAUCUUUACUAAGGCUGAUCCCAGGACCUUGCCCAGGAUGUACGCUAUACAUACUUGUUUUUUUACUUAAUUUAACACCAAUUUAUUGUUUUAUUGUCCUAGUUAAGCUGUGACUUUCAGAGAAUCUCCUCAAUCUUAAUGUAAAUGUUUGUGCUUUAAAGUUAACAGACUCAACAUUUUAACACUUCUAUUAUCCCAUAUUUGUUUGAGCCAUUUUUUUAAAUGGUGAUUCUGACAUGAACUGUACUUGAUGGAGAGGGGGCUGAGUUUCUUUCUUUAAUAACAAGUUUCAAAGUAUGUAUUGUAGGCUUAGAUUUUUCAAAACCUACUUUAAUAAGGGUUCUUAAAUAUUUCAGCCUCCCUUCUAGCCCAUGAGAGGAAGUGGAAAAGAAAGGUUAAUAAAAAGCUGUUUUGAAAUAGUU